CAACUGUCAAGAAGAGUGUGAGCGGUAAGGGUGAUUCGAACGUCGUAGCAAGAUGUCAUCUCUUCCGCCUUCACCUGUUCAAUGCUCAGUCCUGCAUAGACUCGCACUCGUCACUGAUGCGUCAUAUCCACACCUCGAUCGACUCACACAAAGUCCGCAAACAUGGCAAAGCUGACAGCGCUGCCGUCCGAGGUCACUCGUCCCACCUCCUCGCUCAUCCUCAUCUCCCUCAUCGCCUUCUUCUCCGGCAUAGCCAUUCACAUCCAAGCUGUCAGAAAGGGGCCCGGCUCUCUGGUCCCAAGCAUAUCUAAGCUCACGAAUGAAGAAGUGAUUCGGCUGCUGCCAGACGACUUCAAUGCGACGUGGAAACUCGCUCCCAACUUGACCAACCGCUUGCUGGUCUUCUUGAUCGUCUUCUUUCAGAGCAUCGUAUCUGAUCCUACAGCAUUUGGGCUGCUGCUCAUCAUCCUGUCAGCAAGCGCUCCUCUGCUGAGCUUCAUGUCGGUCGAGUCGCUCAAAGCUGGAAGAAGCAAGCUGCAUCACCCGCUGGUCUUCAUCGCGGUCGCACUGAUUUCGCAACUCGUAUGCGUCGGAGCAGCCUUGCCCGCCUUGUGGGUCCCCAUCUACGCAUACAUCCGCUGGUCCGAGUCCUCUACCAAUCCGCCAGCCAUCCAUCCUGCACCCUCACCAUCUCCCGCGCACGUCAACCUCGUCUUCAUCUGCUCCAUCUUGGCAGGCAUCCUGAGUCUAGCUCAAUGCUUCGUCGAUCCAACCUCAUCUUUCUUCGUCUACCUCGACAUUGCUUUCCAGCUCUUUCCUUUGGCCUACUUGCCUCUUGCUCUCGCUGGUAGACCUAGCGUUCAGAAAGACCUGCCAAGACUCAAAGCUGCGGAUUUGUACAGGGAUUUGGGUUUCGGGCUGGCCCUGGCUUGGUGGGUGGGUCUGUGGUACGCCUACCCAGGACUCAAGAAGGCGUGGAAGACGGGAGUCUUCGAGCAGGACGGUGCCCAUUUGCUCUUUUGGGACACUGUCGGAGUACUCAUAGCGCAGUACACUCAAAUCUUGGUCGACUCGUACGCCGACGAAGCGAGGGUCGCGGUGACGGGCGAGAGGGUGAUGCACAGGCGUUUUAUCGUCGAGGACAUCUUUGGCCUGGCAGGACUAACGCUUCUAGGCCCAGGACUUGCCAACGCUACCUACUUUAGGAGAAGGGAAAGCUUGGCCGAGAAAGCGAGGGUAGGAGUUAAAGAGGAAUGAAUGAGUAUAUGAGUCAGAUACCGCAACAGGUGCAAUGGGAUGAGCGCCAGACAAUCAAAGGCAGCACCUUC